UUCUAACCACUUUCUUUUAUUUUCUGGUGUUCUGAUUGUCUCUGCAUCAGCCGGAAUUCUGAUAGCCAGAGUAGGAGAUGGCAAACUUACUUCUGCAAGUUUCUAGCAAUCUCAGGACCUUUGCUCUCUCAGCCUCCUCUAAUGGUUCACCUCCUGGGGCACCUCAGUCAGGAGGACCAGCGAUUUUGGAGCUUCCCCUUGAUAAAAUUCGAAGACCCCUUAUGCGCACCAGAGCAAAUGACCCACAAAAGGUGAAAGAACUCAUGGACAGUAUCAGUGAAAUUGGCCUCCAAGUCCCUAUUGACGUGCUUGAGGUUGAUGGAGUCUAUUAUGGUUUCUCUGGUUGCCACCGUUACGAGGCUCAUCAACGCCUAGGGCUCAAAACUAUCCGUUGUAAAGUGCGUCGAGGAACCAAAGAAACUUUGAGGCAUCACCUACGAUGAUGAAUGCUGGUAAAUUGGUCCAAUAGGGCGAUAAUUGAUGAAAGGCCUGUGUAUUGUAAGUCUCAUCCAAAUGGAAUUGUUGCAACAGGAGCAAUAGUUCAUGUUAGAUAAAGGGAUGCUGCUCUGAUUCAACCUUUCACCUUUUCUGUCAAUAAAAAGCAUCAUAUAUAAUAGUAGAGUAUGUCUAGUUCUUCCUUC